GAAUGGGCCUAAACUCAAGUCCAAGAAGAAAGUGGGUCUUGUAAGCCCUCUCUGUCGUGGUGUCGCCGGAUUCCUCCAGGGUUCUCUCUCUCUAGGAUUUUUUCCACUCCUCUCUCUAGUCACAGGAAGGCAUUGGAAUUUGGAACUGUUUUCUGGUGGGGUGGCGGUGGAACUGCUCCGGCAGGACGGGAUCAGUGCUGAAAUUGUGUUGCCGGGCUGCACCUGCUGUUUGAUUGAGACUUGCUGCUUGUGGGUUGCAGCGGCGGUGAGACCCAAAAAUCAAUUUGUAGUCCCGAAGGUUUGGUUAAGUAUUGCUGAUUUGUUCGGUACGACUGGUAAUGGACUCCUCGUUUCUCUUCGCUGGGAUCACAUUCAAUCGGAAGAAAUUUGCCAAUGAUUUUUCCAGGUUCAAGGAGAAGAAAGAAAGUGAUGAUGUGGUGGAAAAUGCGAACUUAGUUGGGUAUGAGAGUAUGGCCAUGGAGGAGGGCAUUUCAGAUAGAAAGAGAAAGAGAAAGGCUGGUGCCUCAGACCCAGUUGAAGGAUUCAGUCUGUUUAAAAAGUCGAAAUCAGAGGGUGUAGCUGGUGAAGGAAAGCAUGAUGAAGAUGAGCUUUUACAACAGAAGAAGGAAUAUCAUAGGCAGUUGGAGAGGGAUGCUCUUUUACGGAAGAGGCAUAAUAUUCAUGUGUCAAGGAGCAAUAUACCAUCUCCGCUUCAAGACUUUGAGGAUUUGAGAUCUAGGUAUAAGUGCAAACCUUACCUUUUACGGAACUUGAUGGAACUGGGUUUUAAGGAGCCAACACCAAUCCAAAGGCAGGCUAUUCCCGUCUUAUUAUCCGGAAUGGAGUGCUUUGCAUGUGCCCCUACUGGUUCAGGCAAAACCUUUGCAUUUGUCUGCCCGAUCCUUAUGAAACUCAAGCAUGCUUCGAAAGAUGGUAUACGGGCUGUGAUUCUGUGCCCUACACGGGAGCUAGCAGCCCAGACAGCAAGAGAAUGCAACAAGUUGGCAAAAGGGAAGAAGUUUUACAUUAAGUUAAUGACUAAGCAGCUGGCUAAAGGAGCUGAUUUUUCAAAACUGCAUUGUGAUAUUCUCAUAUCUACUCCUUUCCGGGUGCAGUUUGCUCUCCGAAAAAGAAAACUUGAUUUAAGCAAGGUCGAAUUUCUUGUCCUGGAUGAAUCCGACAAGCUUUUUGAGUUAGGAUUGGUUGAGCAGGUUGAUGCGGUCGUCAAAGCAUGCUCCAACCCUUCAAUCUUGCGCUCGUUGUUCAGUGCUACUUUGCCUGAUACUGUUGAAGAGCUUGCGCGUACCAUUAUGCAUGAUGCUGUCCGUGUUAUCAUUGGGAGAAAGAACUCUGCUUCCGAAUCAAUAAAGCAAAAGCUCGUAUUUGUAGGAAGUGAGGAGGGGAAACUCCUUGCUCUUCGUCUUAAUUUUGCUGAGAGCUUGAACCCACCAGUUCUACUUUUUGUCCAAAACAAGGAGCGAGCCAAAGAACUCUACAAUGAACUGAAGUACGAAGACUUUAGAGCUGAUGUCAUCCAUGCCGAUCUUUCCCAAAUACAGAGAGAAGAUGCUGUCAGUAACUUCCGGUCGGGGAAGACUUGGGUCUUGAUUGCCACUGAUGUUAUUGCCCGUGGCAUGGACUUCAAAGGCGUCAAUUGUGUCAUUAACUACGAUUUCCCUGAUUCACCUGCAGCUUACAUUCAUAGGAUUGGUCGAUCUGGAAGGGCCGGGAGGAGUGGGGAAGCCAUAACCUUUUACACUGAAGCUGAUGUGCCGUUCCUGCGGAAUGUGGCCAAUGUUAUGAAAGCCUCCGGGUGCGAAGUUCCCGAAUGGAUCAUGUCUCUGCCCAAGAAAAAAUGGAGGAAGCAUAGGCCGCAGAGGGAAUCAAUUUCUUCUACCAAAUCUCAAGAUUAGGAUUGAUAUUUACAUGAAAAAAAAUAAAAAAAAUGAAGAAAGAAAGAAAGAUAUUGAGAGCCUUCAAUUUUGUUGUGAAUCCCUAUUCAAUAGGGCCUUUUUUUGUUGUGCUUAACAUAGAUUGUUUAUUUAUUCUUGUUUGACAUGUUCUAAUUUAAUUCCUGAAAAUUUUUGUUAAUGUUUGAUGAGGUGAUGCUUUGGUUAGA